UGAUCUCCCUAUUUUUUGGCCAAAAGCCAUUCAAACGACAAAGGCAACUCUUGUUUCCAUUUCUUCUCUCUCCUAAUUUUCAUCACAAAGAGUACAAGAAAUCCAACUUUGUUGUUGUUUUUUUCUCAUCACUUUCUUGUUUCUUUCUUUAAAUUCAUCUUCAAAUCGAGAAAGCUAAAGAUGAUCCAAGAGCUAUUUGGUGGAGGUGCUACUGGACUUUUAAAUAGAGACAGAGAUCUUCCUGUAUCUGGAGCCUUCGAACCUUCGCCUUCUCCAUCACCCUCUUCUUCCACCACCAACACCGCCACCACCAACGCCCCCACAGCCGCCAACCCCACCACCUCCGACAACCAGAAGUUAAGAUGCCCACGAUGUGAUUCCGCCAACACAAAGUUUUGUUACUACAACAACUACAACCUCACUCAGCCACGCCAUUUCUGCAAGACUUGCAGGCGUUACUGGACCAAAGGCGGAGCACUACGUAACGUCCCAAUUGGUGGUGGUUGCCGGAAAAACAAAGGCACUACCAUAGCAACCACCAUCGGAAAACCAAUCUCCUCCAACGGAAAACUGAAAGCUGUAGUUUCAUCUGAGCUUGGAAAGUCCGGUUUCAUCAACGGUUUCGAACAUGAAUUUACUCACAACCCAAUUCUAUGGUCUGCUCCUCCACAAACCUCUCAUCUUCUUUCACUACUCAGAGCCACACAAAACCCUAACCCUAAUUUUGCAUCAAAUUCCGUAACCCACAUCAAAGAUCAAGGCUUUAUGGUUGGAUCACACAUGUCUAACCUAGGAUUCGAACCUUUAGGUCAAGCAUCAUCAUUAGGACUAUGCAGCUCUUUGUGGAGAAACAAUCAAGUAAACCAACAAGCUCAACAAAACCACCAUGAACAACAUCAACAAGGGAUGAUGAACAGUGGUCAUGAAGUUCAAAAUACAGAAAACAAUCAAGGUCAACGGUAUCAACGGUUGAGAUCAUCAUCUCCUGUUAACUACUUCCAUCAUGAUCAAACGACACCUUUGAUCUUGGGUAGCAAUGUCGCCAACACUUCAUCCUCAAUAUCAACUUCAACGAUCUUGGAUUCUUCUCCAGUUCUUGCGAGUGGUGAGCUGGGGUUUUGGAAUCAAAGCCUUCCAUGGUCCGAUCUAGCUGCUGCUAAUGGUGCAUACCCUUAAAUCAAGAAUAUUUUUAUUUCAUUUUUUUUUUGUUAAUUCAUAGUUAUGAUCAUAGCUUAGGGUUUGCAGUUACUUCAGUUUCUGGUGAUUAAUUUGGGGUGUGGUAUAUGAAUAUGGUUUGUUAUUUAAUACGAUGUAUGUGUGCUUUUAAUUAAAGAGUGUUUAAUCUGUAUCA